GCGCAGAUUCUCCGAACCCAAAACAAAACGCCAAUGACGAAAUCUCACUAACUCUCUGUUUUCUUUGGCUUCCUCUGAGGCUGGCAAGCGAGAAAGUGAAUGUUGAAAAAUGCCGGAGGUUGGUUUUCAGGAGCUCAGCUCCUCCAGAUCGGGUUUGAGAGUUCGCGAUACUAGUCCUGACUCCGUGAUUUUCACUCUGGAGUCCAAUUUUAGUCUCUUCUCUUCUGCUUCUGCCAGCGUUGAUCGCUGCUCUUUUGCUUCCGAUGCUUAUGACCGUGACUCUCUCGCGUCCGAAAUUUCUUUGCAUUUGGCAGCACAUGAAGCUCCUUCUUGUGGAGGCGUUGGUGGUAGUGAGCUCCACGAAACUGCGAGUGGUCCAGAUCGAGAUCGAGAUCCAAACAAACUCAUCACUGUAUACAGCAACACAAAGCACGCUCCCGCUCCCUCUCGUCUCUUCAGAAAAGGUGAAAAGGCGAAAGUUCAAAAAGAAGAGAGCAAAGCUACUACAGAAGUAGAAGACGAUAUCCGUCUCUUAGAUUCAGCGAGAAGCUCAUUCUCUCUUGCUCUUAAAGAGUGUCAGGAGAGGAGAUCCAGAUCUGAAGCAAUUUCGAAGAAGCCAGACAGGCGGAGACCUGCUUCGCUGGAUCUGAACAAUGUUAUUGCUACCUCAUCGCCGCGUUUGGGUGCCAUGAAAAAGAGCUCGAUUUCUUCUCGCAGGUCCGGUACGUUUCCUAGCCCUGGAACACCUAAUUAUUGCCACGCUAGUGUUGAAAUGCAGAAGGGUUGGAGUUCCGAGAGAGUGCCAUUACAUAAUGUUAAUAGGCGCCAAGUAAAUGCUGCAUUAUUGCCUUUCAAUAAUGGAAGGACGUUGCCAUCGAAAUGGGAAGAUGCUGAGAGGUGGAUAUUUAGUCCUGUGUCUGGAGAUGGUGCUCUGAAAACGUCAGUUCAACACUCUCACCGGAGGCCAAAGUCGAAGAGUGGACCGCUUGGGCCUCCUGGAAUUGCGUAUUACUCGUUGUAUUCGCCUGCUAUACCAGUAUUUGAAGGGGGUAAUACGAGAAAUUUCGUUGCAGGCUCUCCUUUUUCGGCUGGUGUUAUUGCAGCGGAUGGAUUGUCUAUUCGGUCUAAUGGCCCUGGUUUGGCCUUUCCUGCAAGGACAGAGCGUUGCAUGGCCCGUUCAGUUAGUGUGCAUGGAUGCUCCGAGGGGCUGGCCCAGUCCUCUUUGCCAUCCCAAGAUGAGAAACUUGGUGGAGUGAAGGAUGCAGCAACUGAUAUAUCUUCUGCAGUUUCAAGAAGGGACAUGGCAACCCAAAUGAGUCCUGAGCAUAGCAACCAUUCGCCAAGAAGUGGGAGGGCGUCAUUCUCUGCCUCCACGCCUUCUGCACUAGCUAUUGUGGAAUUGCAGAGUAUGCAUUCCUCUAACUCAGAAGUCAGGGAUGUGCAGGUUGAUGAAAGGGUUACUGUCACAAGAUGGACUAAGAAACAUAGGGCUCGCAACCAGCGGAAGAGCUCAGAAAUUAUUGAUGAUUGGAGAAAGAAAUCUGUUGAUGCUGGACCCUCAGGUUGGGAUGUUUCAGAGGUUGCAAAGAGCAUUUCAAAGGCCAAAAGGGAGGAAGCCAGAAUCAAUGCAUGGGAGAAUCUGCAGAAGGCAAAAGCUGAGGCAGAAAUAAGGAAACUAGAGGUGAAACUCGAAAAAAAGAGAUCAUCAUCUAUGGAUAAAAUUAUGAACAAGCUUAGAUCAGCUCAGAAGAAAGCCCAAGAAAUGAGAACCUCAGUAUUAUCCAACCAGGCACGCCAAGUUUCCAGGACUUCCCACAAGGUUAUAUCAUUCCGUAGAACUCGUCAAAUGGGGUCCUUGAGUGGUUGCUUCACAUGCCAUGCUUUCUAGUAUCUCAUUUUGCCACAUAUCACGGUGCUUUAAUCAGCUUAACAUGCCCGGUAACAUCUUGGAAUUCCGUCCUUGUUCAAGAAAUCUAUCAUUACUUUUUUCUGGCAGAUGUUUACUAUUGAUUUCUUGGUUGACAUUGACAUGUCCUAACAUACCAUUUACUAUCUAAUUUUGAUGUUAGGUGAAUUGUUCAAUUUCAACCUAUAUUUAUGGGGAAUAUUCAAUUUAAUCCAUUUUAAACUUUUUUGUUCAAUAGCUCAAAGUUUCAAUUGAAGCUUAAUUUGGUCCAAACAUGAAAAAUUUUACGCUAAAUUUCUUGAUUUAUCCCUAAAAUAAGGAAACAUAUUUUCUUAAGUUUUGCACAAAAUUUGUUGAUUUAGCCUAAAAAUCAAUAAGAAUGAUUUCUUGAUUUCUUGACUUUAGGCUAAAUUGAGUUUAAAUUGAAACUUUUGAGCUAGUUUGAACAAAAAGUUCAAAAUAAACUAAAUUGAACAUAUCUCUUAAAUACAUUGGUGAAAUUGAACAGUAAGUCUUCUAUAUAAUGUUGGAAAAAUCAGAAUUACAAAUAUCUGAACGGUAUUUCAUACUCAAUCGCCUAAAUGGAAAUACACUGCUCCUAUUUUUUAUGAGUGGACUCUUGAACUCUAUUAGGAAAUUGGUUCUAAAUCAUCUUAAGGCAAACAUAUUAUCAGAUAAAACUUGGGUUCACAAAAAUGAUAUGCAAUGUAUUAAAGUUGUGCAUUUUCCCACAGAACAGAAAAAUCUUAAACCGCUUUUGAUUCUGGUCGCAUGUUAUGUAACCCGGUGAAGGUUUUAGAUUCCUGGUCAUGUUGAAGUGGAAUUCCACCUGCAGCACAAGGUAUUGUACAGAUGCAGACAACUAUUACGUAGACACUAAUCUGGUGUCAGUGCAGUUUGGCAAGUUCCAUUCAGAUUUCAGUUAAGCGGCAAGAUUCUUGGUUGCAGUGUUCCUGGCUCCAACGUAUCUAGAAAUUUGACUGAUAAGUAUUGUGUAUUUGUGUGUAUGUAUAUCCACAUGUACGUUUUCAUAAAGACAUUUUUGCCUUGCAGUUUGAAAUGUCAUUUACUUGGCUUACAUCCAAUGGUUAAGUUACUAUUUAGCCCUGUA